AUGGAUGCUCAAUAUAUUUCCUCUUUGGAGGAAACUUUAAAACAAACUUUGGUUCCUGAUUCCACCGCUAUUAAACAGGCUGUUACCAAAUUGACCAAGGAAUUUUACACCAGUCCAUUAGCGUUACCUUCGUUACUUCACAUUUUGCAAAACGCUCAAGAUGACCAAUUGAAGCAAUUAGCAGCGGUUGAAGCUAGAAAGUUAGUUUUGACUAACUGGGAAGGUGUUGAUGCUUCAUUGAAGCCACAAAUUAGAGAAUCUAUGUUGAAUAACACUUUCACUCAAUCCUCUAAGCUUAUUAGACAUUCUUCCGCCAGAGUUGUUGCUUCAAUUGGUGAAGUUGAUUUAGAAAACAACGAAUGGCCAGAAUUGUUACCAGUUUUGGUGAAGUCUAUUCAAGACACCAACGCUCAAACAAAGGAAAUGGCAGUUUACACUUUAUAUACCUUGUUGGAAACUCAAGUCCCAGCUUUACUCCCACACGUUAGUGACUUCUUGUCUCUUUUUGGAAAUUUAUUAACCGAUCAAACUUCCAGAGAUAUUAGGGUUAAUGCUGUUUUGUCAUUAGAUGUCGUUUCCCAAUUUAUUGAAGAAGACGCAGAAAUCAAUAACCAAUUAGCCUCCAAGUUUAGAGACACCAUCCCAGGUAUGGUUGAAGUCUUGAAGGAAGUUGUUAGCAACGAUGACAAUGAAAAGGCCAAGGAUGUUUUCAAUGUUUUCCACAGUUUGAUUUUCCUCGAUUCAAAAUUGAUCGGUGAUCACUUAGUGAACUUGAUUAAAUUUGUUUCUGAAAUUGCUGCUAAUACUCAAUUAGAUGAAGAAUAUAGAACUUUUGGUUUGCAAUUUUUGAUUUCUUGUGUUUCUUUAAGAAAGUCUAAGAUUUCUUCAAAUAAAUUAGGACCGCAAAUCACUUUAAUCGCAGCUAAGAUUGCUUCCGAAGAAAUUGAUGUUGAAGACGAAUUAGAAAACGAAAACGAAGAAAACGAAAACGAAGAAAAUUCUCCUGCAACAUUAGGUUUAAGACUUAUUGCUAUGUUAUCCGCUGAAUUACCUCCAUCUCAAGUUAUUAAUCCAUUAUUCGAUAACUUAAACAAUAUGUUGACCUCCUCAAAUGCAUUCGAAAGAAGAGCUGGUUUGUUAUGCAUCGGUGUUGCCUCUAGUGGUGCACCAGAUUUUUUCUCCACUCAAAUCAACAAAAUCAUUCCUGCUUUAAUAAAUGGUUUAAAGGACCCUGAAAUUAUUGUUAGAGUCGCUGCCUUAAGAUCAUUAUCUCAAUUAACUUCUGAACUUCAAGACGCCGUGGCCGAUUUCCACAAAGAUUUAUUACCUCUCAUCAUCGAUAUCAUUGAUUCAGCUACUUCUGUCAUGGCUUACAAAUAUGCUUGUUUUGCUUUGGAUGGUUUGAUUGAAUUCAUGAGCCACGAUGCCAUUGGUCAAUACUUGGAAGCAUUAAUGAACAAAUUAUUCCAUAUGUUACAACAAGCCAAUUCAUCUUCAUUAAAAUCAGCCAUUGUUUCAGCCAUUGGUUCUACUGCUUAUGCCGGUGGUAAGGGUUUCACUCCUUACUUCAACAACUCUAUUCAAUACUUAGAGCCAUUUAUUGCAAAUGCAGCUGACACCGAAGGUAUGACUGAAGAAGAUAUUGAAUUAAGAGCCUUAACAUUCGAAAACAUUUCUACUAUGGCUAGAGCCGUUGGUUCAGAAUCCUUCUCAUCAUACGCUAAGCCAUUAGUUGAAGCUGCUUACAAUUCUUUGAGUUCAGAACAUUCAAGAAUCAGAGAAUCGGGUUUUGCUUUUAUCUCUAAUAUGGCAAAGGUUUACGGUGCUGAAUUUGCUGGAUUCUUGGACCAAAUCGUUCCUGAAAUCCUCAAAUGUUUAGAACAAGAGGAAUUCACAUUCAAUAUGGAUGGAGAGGAUGAAUUCGAAGGUGAAGAAGAAGAUUUGGAAAAUAAAUUUAAUGUUCACACAGGUAUCACCAUUGAAAAAGAAAUUGCUUCUGUUGCCUUAUCAGAAUUAGCUAUCGGUACUGGAAAAGAUUUCGCUAAGUAUGUUGAACAAUCUGUUAAAACUUUAGCCGACCAAAUUGACAACUCAUACGGUAUGAGAGAAGCUUCUAUGAGUGCAUUAUGGAAGAUCUUAAGAGCUAUGUUUAAAGCUCAAUAUGGUGAAGAUUUCAAGGCACCAAAGGGUGUUCCUCAACAACCAUAUGUUGAUAGCUCUAUCUUACAAUUAGUUCAAAAAGUUAGAGAAAUUGCUAUUACUAACUUAGAAGAAGAGUUCGAGUUGACUAUGGUAGCAUGUAUCUUAGAUAACUUAUCUGAUUCUAUCUUCAUGUUAGGUCCUAUCACUGUUAUUGAUAAUGCAAGUGAAGCUUCAUUCUUAGAAAGAUUAUGCGUUCAAUUAAUGAACAUCUUAAAGAGUGAACAUCCAUGCCAAAUUGAAGAUGAAGAAGGUCCAGCCGAUGAGGAAGAUACUUCUGAAACUGAAGCCUUAUUGUUUGAAUCUACUUUAGAAGUUUUAGUUAACUUAUCUGUCACCUUAGGUAGUGAUUUCAACAAGAUUUUUGUUUCUUUUAAAGACAUAAUUUUAUCACAAGUUAAUUCUAAAUCUAAGAAUAAGAGAGUGAGUGCUAUCGGUGCCUUGGCUGAAAUUUCCUCUGGUUUGAAGGAAAGUAACCAGGCCACUCAACAAUUACUUGAAGUUUUCACGGAUAGAUUAGCUAACGAUAAAUCGUUAGAAGUCAAGGGUAAUGCGGCUUAUGGUAUCGGUAUUUUAAUUGAACACAGUGCUACAGACUUAUCAUCUACUUACCAAACUAUUUUGCAAUUAUUAUUCCAAUUAUUGAAUAAGACUGAUAGUAAGGCUGGUGAUGAUGACGAAGAAACCAAGGAUGUUGUCAACAGAUCAUAUGCAAACUCUUGCGGUUGUGUUGCUCGUAUGGCAUUGAAGCAUGAACAAGCUAUUCCAUUGGAACACAUUAUGGGCCCAUUAUUAGGACAUUUACCGUUAGAAACUGCAUUUGAAGAAAAUACCCCAAUUUUGCUGUUGAUCAUCAAGUUGUACGAAUCUGGUAACGAAUUGAUUGCCAGCCAAACCGAUAAGAUCGUUGAUAUUUUAGCUAAGAUUUUUACCAAGGAAAUGGAAAGAAUUAAGUUAAUAAAUGAAUCAACCUUAGGUAGAGAAGAAAACAUUGACAGAAUGAAGCAAUUCCAAACCGAAGAAUUGAAGCAAAAGGUUAUUGAAUUAUUAAAAUUCUUAGAUACAAAGUAUUCCGGAAUUGUCUCGGCAAAUGAGGUUUUAAAAUCUUGUAUUAACUGA